UUAUAAAGGGCCUUAAAUAUUUGGUGACUGUAUAAAACUGUUGAGAGGGGACCUGAACACUAAUAAAUACUCCUGCAUUAAAGUGUGAGAAGAGAGAGUCAUAGAUUCACACUCUUUUUAACUACCAUCUGCUACUGCUACUGCUACUGCUUGGUUCUUGCCUCCAUUUCCAGAUUUUCUUUAAAUUCUUCCAACUCACUAAUGCUGCACUAGCAUGUAAAGAAAGAAAAAAACCUACAAUCUUGAUUCUUGAAACUCAAAUGGGUUGCUGUGUAAGCACCGAUGGGAAUUCAAGAAAAGAAGAGAAUUUUCAAGUGGGAUCUGAAUCUUUGAAACCCACGUUAUCAGUUCAAGAGAGCAGAGCUCCACCUCCUUCUGCCGAAGAAGAAACAGUGAAAGAAGUGCUCUCUGAAACUCCUAACUUCAAGCCGGCGAUCAAGCAUUCUUUACAAGAACACUGUGUUCAAGAAACUAACAAGAAGCAAAACCACAUUGAUCGAAAGCCAUUUCUUGAUGAUGUGAAGAAGAUCAAGAAUCAGAAGUUUUUUCAAGAAGAAGAAGAAUCCAUCAUCAUCUCUGAACAAGAAGUUUCAGAGCUCUGUAGCUUGAGCAUGAGUGAGACUCUGUCCAGUACAACUUUCAACAAGGACAAAAGGGAAGAUAUUGAUUAUGAUGAUGAUGAUGAUAUAGAAGAAGUGAAACAAAGAGUAAAGAGAUCUCCUGUUUCGAGAUUUCCUAGAAACCAACCAAUUUCCGGUGAUUUUGGUCCAAGAAAAGACCGAGUUGUGGGCAAGUCGCCGAGCAGGAGAACGGAGCAGUCGCCGGAUAGGAGAAACAAUUUUACUGGUCGUGGAGGUGGAGGCACAGGUGCAAUGAGUUUGGUUCAAAGUAAAGGAUCGAUCAAUUAUCAAGCAGGAAGGAGAGGAUUAAGGUCCGACUCGAGCAGGAAAGAUCCGGGUGAGGGGUCCGGAAGGAGGUCCAGGUCACCUGCCAUUAAUAGAUCCACAAUGGGUCGUUGCUCGUCAGUAAGGAGGACAAUUGGGUCACCGGGUCGGCUCAGAAUCGAUCCACCGGCUAGUGGUAGUGGUGAUAGAGUGGAAAGUGGUACGGAGGGUAAAUGGCCGUGUACUUCAAGUGAUGUUGGUGGCAGUACUACAGCUAACGAGUCACUAGAGAAUCCACUUGUAUCCCUUGAAUGUUUCAUCUUUCUUUGACUGGAAGAUAAAAAAAAAAAAAGAGGAAAGAGGGCAUAUUCCGGCGGAAUAUUCUCUCCGGAAAUACUCUUUUCCAGUGAGAAGUCCUGGGUUCUCUUUGGCUCAUUAUCAAUUUAUGUAAACUUUAUUUUAUCGAAGGGGUUAUUUAUAUUUCCUUUCCUUGAUGUGGAUAUUAGUCAAGUCAAUUUGAUAAUGUGGACAAAUAUGCAAUGCCAUUAAUUUCA